CACCGUUUGCAGUGGAACCAGGAACACCACGCCGAGUCGGCGUCGGGGCUGGUAUCAUGAGGUCAGGCCUUCUCAGAAUUGCGAUAUAGGCUAGGCGGAGAAAGCUGCGUUCCGUGUCCUCCAGAGUGAUAUAAGAUCAGGCUGCAGGCCGCGCAGAGACUUCGAGUCGCUUCAUCUCCUACCACUCGUAACGAACCAUGGCUGCCGUACCCAAAGUCAAGCUGAACACAGGAGCGCUGAUCCCCGCCGUCGGCCUCGGCGGAUGGAGCGGUACGACGAAGGAACAACACGCGCAGGCAACGCCGUGGAUUCUAACGGCUAUUAAGUCUGGCUAUCGUCACAUUGACACAGCAUGGGGAUACGGAACGGAGAAGUACACAGCGGAAGCGAUUAGUUUGUCGGGCAUACCUCGCGAAGACAUCUGGAUCACGACGAAGCUUCCGUGGAGCCACCCAGGUUUGAAGACGGCUGAGGAGUCUCUCGAUGACAGCCUCAAGAGACUGAACACGAGCUACGUUGACCUGUAUCUUCUCCACUGGCCGCAAGUGGUUGACUGGCCUGACGAGGGACCAGAGUAUCAGGGUCCCCACAAGAUCCGUGCCAAUGCUCCGUCUUCCAACGAGACGUGGGCGCAGAUGGAAGAACUCUACAAGAAGGGCAAGGCGAAAAACAUUGGCGUCAGUAACUUCUCCGUCAAGAAUCUGGAGAAGCUUCUGCAGACGGCGAAGAUCACACCGGCCGUCAACCAGGUCGAACUGCACCCUUAUCUCGCUCAACCUCAGCUGAAGGAGUACUGUGAUACGAAGGGUAUCGUCUUGACUGCCUAUACCCCAACUGGCUACGACACCGUACGAUCAGACUCAACCAUCGUCGAAUUGGCAGAGAAGUACAAGGUAUCCCCUGCCCAAAUAAUCCUUGGUUGGCACCUCGCUCGGGGCGUCGUCGUUGUGCCCAAGAGCUCCAAUGCGACCAGACAAAGGGACAACCUGAACCUGCCGACCUUGUCUCCUGAGGACGUCCAGCGUGUGACGGCCUUAGAUCGUAACCAGCGGCUAUGCAACAAGCCGGAUGAAAAUGGCGUGGUGAGUGGCUGGACCCUGGAAGAGUUGGGCUGGUGAAGAAGGUCUGUUCGAAAUCGAAAGAAGAUCGGACUCGGAGCGCCGUGCACGCUUCAUGUCAAUUGUACAGUAUGCGGAGACCAUAUUACUCAGGAGGCAGAUCA